GUAGCGCAAAGUAUACAGCUUGUGGUAUUUGCAACCUAUGCUUGUGUGCGUCGUAUUUUAAAAAGUGUGACUAAUUUUACCGCGUUUACGUGGGUAAUUCAUUCAUUUAAACAACAUUCACGCCUCGAGUGGCUGCAUGUGGUUACGGACGUUCUAUUAUUUUAUGCUGUUGUUUUCGUAAUUAAAUUCGCGUGUGCCAUAUUAUUUCCGAUCGCAAAGAUGUGAGUGCUCGUGUGUGGUCAACUGACAAUGACGUUAGUAAUCUGUGAGGAGUGCGCGCGGGAAAUUCGAAGUAGUUUCCGAAGAAUGUAGACACCGUGUGUCGAGAUAUUUUUUGCAUAUAAAAUGCAAUUGAUACUGUGAGUUGUGAGUGAUGUUGAGUGAAAGUCGUAUCGAGUGGACUUGUUGACAUUCCCGAACGUGCAUAUCAUGUUGUAUGUAGGCUUGCGUUAUUGGCAAUACACCAUUACAUGCGAAGAAUUUAUCACACAACUUCUUCCGGGAUACACGUUUUUCUUGAAACAAAAUAUUUAAGCGAACAGAUUACCAGGAUGUCGUUUACAAUGAAAGAAGGUGGUUUCGGCGUGGGAGAUUAUGUAGCGUUCGGGGUCCUAUGCGCGUCGUCCUGCGCCGGUGGAGUUUGGUACAGCGCUGUUGGUUCUCGGAGUAAAGCCGUGGUGGACAUCAAAGACUAUUUACUGGGCGGAAAGGCGAUGUCUACUUUUCCAGUCGCCAUGUCAUUAAUAGCCAGUUACGUGUCAGGAGUAACGAUUCUUGGAACGCCUGCUGAGAUCUACAACUACGGUACGCAGUACUGGCUGGUGAUCGUCGGAGUCACGUUAAGCUGUGUGGUGGUGGCCACUGUAUAUCUGCCAGUGUUCUGCACCUUAAGGCUUUCGUCGUCGUAUGAGUACCUCGAACUCCGAUUUAACCGCCACGUCCGUGCCGUUGCGUCAGUUUUGUUCCUUUUAGACGAGGUUUUGUUCCUGCCUAUGGUUGUGUAUGUUCCUGCACUAGCAUUUAAUCAAUUAACGGGUUUUAAUGUUUUCGCUGUGGGUGGUGUUAUGGUUGUGAUAUGCGGACUGUAUACAGUAUUAGGUGGUCUCCGCGCCGUGGUGUGGACGGACUCCGUGCAGACUGGUGUGAUGUUUAUAGGAGUAUUGUUGGUGGCAGCGGCGGGCACGCUUGCCGUCGGCGGCGUGGACGCAGUUCUUGGUAUCGCAAGAGAAUCCGGCCGGCUUGAACUAUCUAAUUGGAGCUUUUCACCAUACGAACGACAGACGGGAUGGGGUUCCGUGGUCGGAGGAUUCCUGUACUGGACCUGUUUUAACUCUGUCAAUCAGACGAUGGUCCAGCGAUAUAUUGCUCUUCCCUCUAAAAAAGAAGCUGUUACCGCGCUGGCCAUAUUCUGUAUCGGUGCAAUCCUGGCCAUUUCCCUAUGCGUGUGGUGCGGUUUGACAGCAUGGGGCGCCUGGGUGCUGGGAGGCUGCGACCCUGCAGGCGUGCCUCUCGUCGACGACCGUCUACUGCCUGCUUUCGUCACCUACGUGGCCAAGGUACAACAUCUGCCGGGUCUUGCUGGAGUGUUCCUUGCUGGAGUCUUUGGUGCAGGAUUAAGUUCCCUGUCAGCAGUAUUGAACGCAUGUGCGUUGGUUGCCGUUGAGGAUAUAAUGCGUGGCUGGUUGCGAUUGCGUUUGAAGCCGUUGACGGAAGGCAUCCUGGCACGAUCCGUCACAGCAGCCUUGGCUGUAAUCUCCGUGGUAAUGCUGGUCGUCAUUGAGAAGCUCGGAGGUGUUCUUGGUGUGGCAACUGCUCUGUCAGCGAUCGCUGCGAGUGCCACGUGCGGCAUCUUCACCCUGGGGAUGGCGUGCUGGUGGGUAGGACCACGAGGUGCCAUCGCGGGGGCCAUAGCGGGGGCUCUGUUAGCCGGGACCGUGUCUUUGGGCACCCAGGCUGCUGCCGCUGCUGGCUUGCGAGCUCCUCCGCUGAACAUGACCAUGGAGUGUGCUCGUAACUCCACAUUUAUCCCCACUAGUGAUUUCGACCCGAACACAGUAUUCCCCCUCUUCCGAGUCUCAUACCACUGGAUUGCACCACUCGGUCUCCUCGCAACUUUGACUGUUGGUGCUAUAGUCGGAUGGUUCUUUGACAAAAGAGAUGAAACUAAGAUGGAUUCAGAACUAUUCACUCCGAUUGUAUGGAGGCUUUUGCCUGCCGAAGCCCAUAGCAACUGCGGGAUGGUCAGAAGAAGUAUUAAUACUAAAGAUGUGGACUGUCCUACCGCACCUUGCGCCCCGCUUAUUCUUGGCCAAGCGACGGAUAAGAUUGAAAUGAACGGGGAGACGAGCAGGUGAUAAUAAAUAUUCAAGAAAUGACAAUAAAUUCGAAUAUAGAGAUAAAUUAGUUGUAAGUUGGAAUAUUUUAAUUUUUAUUUUAAAAUCGUUUUAGCGAAUCGUACUUUAAAGUAUUGUAAAAUCAGUAUGAUUUGUGUACUUACUUAAGUCUUAGUGUGGUGUAAAAUUAUACAUUUAUAAUUUAUUUCCUAUAUUAAAUGUAAAUAUUAUUUUUAUUAUAAUGUAAUUCCAUAGUAAGUAUAUUUUUAAUAUGUAAGUUAUACAUUUAUUAUGUAGUAUUAUCAUUCCUGAAGGAUCGCAGAAUGCUGAUUUUUUAUUGAACCAACUAGGUGGACCAAAUUGAUUUUGUAUGUGGUGUCAACUGUCAACGUUUGGUUAAAGAUAUUGUAUAGAAGAGUGUAGUUUUUAUACUGUUUGUUAUCACUUAACAGUAAUCCUAAAAACAUUUUAAUGUUUGAUUGAUUACAAAUUAAACCUAUUACUUAUUUUAAAUAAGUUUUGUAGUUAGGAAAAACUUAAGCAUAUUUUUCGAAUAUAUUUCAUAUUUGUGAAUAAAGUACCUGAAGCCCAUGUUCGAAUAAUGAAAUAAAUUAAAUGUGUUAUCUAUUUAUUGUAUUUUGAUACCGUAAUAUUGUAUUUGACACUUAGACGGUAUUUAUGAAAUGUUCUUAUUUAAUAAAUUGUUGAAUAAAAUUAACGUUCAGUA